AUGCAGCUGCUCGAGCCCAAUUUGGAGUCGUUAGAUGAGCAGGCUUUUGUUGACGCUAUACACAACCUCAACAUCGCAGCCGGGGCUGGAGUGCAGUCAGCCCUUGGUGUGCUAGCAAUGCUGGAUCUACUUGGAGUACCAGACCCCGAGGAGCUGGAGAAUCCGAGUGUGCAGCCACUUUCACGACAGGAACGACAAGCACGAGCAGACAAGGCGCUGUCAAGUUUAUCUGCUGUUAAAGACUUUAUGGCAACAAUGGCUGUAGCGUACGGUACUUUGUCCGGAAGAAUUUCAAUAACGACGAAGGAUGCAGCAGGCACUCCAUCUGACCCCGAGGCUGUUUGUGAAGCAGCUCUGCCUCUAUUCCACAAAUGUGCAGAAGAAAACGUGCAUAUUAUUGUCGAUGAAGGUGGUGAGCGUCCUGUAGAGAUCGCUCGUCUCUCCGAUGAGCUACUUGACCCCACGGGAGGAGGCUUCUUUGACGAGUACGGAUUCGGUGACACUAAUCCCAUUCACGAUGAGAACCAAGCUCUGCACGAGUUAGAAUACUACCGUGGGCUUGCGAAUAACCCAAUGGAUGAACAAUAUCCUCAAGCUAUGCAGCGUCUUGGAGAAAUGUAUUUUUUUGGCAACCAAGCAGCUCACGUCGCCGCAGAUCAUGGACUGGCCGCGCAAUACUUCCGUCAAGCAGCAGAAGCCGGUGAUCCGCUGGCCCAAGCUAACUAUGGUAUGCUUCUCGCUAACGGGCUGGGUGUGGAGAGAGAUGUACCACAAGCACUGGUGUAUUUCAACCGUGCUGCUCGUCAGAACCAGGCGUUUGCCUUCCACGGUCUCGGUGUGCUGUACUUUACUGGAAAUGAGGUGCCUAAGAACGUGACCCGUGCGCUUGAGUACUUUGAAGAAGCCAUUGCGUUAGGCUACGCAGAGUCACACUCGUUUCUGGGAUCUGUGUAUCUGCAUGGUGACGGAGGUGUGCCAAUUGACUUCAAGGAGGCUUUUUAUCACUUCCAGGCGGCUGUGGACGGCACAGAUGGACAGUCCAGCCAGGCGCUGUUUAACUUGGGCGUCAUGCACUUUCGAGGCAUCGGCACUCCACGCUCUUGCCGCACAGCUCUGCCGCUUUUCCGCGCGGUGGCGCUACAUCCCGAUCUCAUUUCAGGACUUCCAUUCUCGCUCAUUAAAGCGUAUGAAUGUUACAAGAAAGGAGACUACGUGCGUGCGUACUUGCACUACCGACUAGUUGCAGAACUUGGUGAUGAAGAUGGACAGUGCAAUGCUGCCUUCUUAUUAGAACACCAUGGCGAGAGUAUCCUCAAGUGGCGCUGGCUUGGACUUGGAACGGCAGUAGAAGACUCGGGUAAUCCUUCGCUACGUGAAGCGUUUGCCUUAUACUCGCAAGCGGCGGCGUUAAAUGACUCGGAAGCUGUCCGGAAGACAGGUGCUUGCUUUCAUGGGCCGUGGGUCGGUGUGUGCGCGAACGACCCCAGGCGCGCAUUAGAGCGAUACCAACUCGCAGCAGAACUAGGAGACGCGCAGGCUGGUUUCAACUGCGGUUUGAUGCUACUGACAGGCGACGGUGUCCCGCGAGACCUCACAGCAGCUCGAAGCUAUUACGCCGACUGUAGUGAAGCUGCGUUCCCAGCUAAUGUACCAUACUAG